GUCUUCCUGACCCAGCCCUGGGUUGCCCCAGCCCCCAGGCUGGCUUUCAGAACCUGGGGUGACAGAGCUCUGAGAGGGGCUCUCCAGAGGGGCUCCUUGCCCUCUAAAGCCUGGGGGUAGGGGGUCAGGCACUGUCUGGGCGUCCCAGAAGCCCCACCCAGAGGAGAUGGGUCCUUGGAAGGGUGGGAAGCCAGCGGGGAGGGGGCCUGGGUGAGAGGAGGUCCUGAGGUCCCUGUUGCUGCUGAGGUCCCCCCUCUUCCAGGCUGUGGUCUGCUGAGAACGUGAGGGAGGCACUUCUCCCCUCUUGACCCUGCCCUGGCCAAGCACAGGGGUUUGAGGGAUUUAGGGCCCCAACCUCAGGCUGGCUGCUCUCUUGCUCUUCUGCGCCUGCUUCAUGCCAUGCACUCCAGGCUGGGGCGCCUCCUUGAUAUGCGAUCUGGGGAGGGAGGGGUCCCCAAGGCCUGCUUGGGGCUGCCCAUCUGUACACAGCUUCCAGGGCUGGUGGUUGGUUCCGAUCGUCAGCUUGGGCCUCUCCUACCAUGGCAGAAGACCAGGGAAGGAGAGGAGGCCACCCCUCCACUCUGGACUUCAGCUGCCUAUCCCCAAACUCCCACAUGAGAGCAUGGGUUCACUCCUGUGACCAUGCCUGCAAGUUUCAAGGGCCUAUCAAGCCCGGGUUUAUCAGACCGGGCUCUCUGAAAACAGACUGGGGGUGGUGUGAGGUGGGAGAAGGACCAGAACCAUCAGCCUUACUCACGAACCCAGCUUCGUGCCUCCUGGCCAUGAUGUUGGUCUUGCCAGGCCUGGGGGUCUCUGAGACCUGAGAUGGCAGCUCCAUGGCCUAGCCUCACCCCUAGUUCCAGGAAGCAGCGACUCAUGGUUCCCAGUGCAAAGAAAAGACCACUUCCCCACUGGGACAGAGGUGAAGCCAGAGCCCUAGCUCCAUCUCCAUCUCUUCUCUGCCCUGCUGAGUCUUCUGGAAUGGGCCCACCCACCAGGAAGCCAGAUCGCUGUUGCUCUUGGGCUUACCUGCCCCCUGAGGAACACAGGCAGCGGUCACUGUGGCGGUGAGGCUGUGGCUGGGAGCACAGGAUGCCCCAGGCCCUGGAGCAGGCAGAUGGCAGGUGGGCCUGGGUGGUACUGCUGGCCUCCCUGGUGUCCCAGGGCCUCACCCUGGGCUUCCCCACGUGCAUUGGCAUCUUCUUCUCGGAACUGAAGCAUGACUUCCAGGCAAGCAACAGCGAGACCUCCUGGGUCCCCUCCAUCAUGAUAGCUGUAAUCCACAUUGGCGGGCCCCUGUGCGGCGUCCUGGUGGAACGCUUUGGCUACCGAGUGACUGCGAUGCUGGGGGGCGUGCUGGCCAGCCUGGGCAUGGUGGCCAGCUCCUUCUCCCAUACCCUUAUCCAGCUCUACAUCACGGCAGGAUUCAUUACAGGCCUGGGCAUGUGCUUCAGCUUCCAGUCCAGUGUCACAGUGCUGGGCUUCUACUUCAUCCGCCAGCGGGCGCUGGCCAAUGCACUGGCCUCGACGGGCACCUCCCUGGGCAUCACACUCUGGCCGCUGCUCUCCCUCUACCUGCUGGAGGAGCUGGGCUGGAGGGGGACCUUCCUUGUCUUCGCGGGGGUCUUUCUCCACUGCUGCGCCUGCGGGGCCAUCUUGAGGCCUGUGGCCACCAACAUGCCCCUUAAGACCACAGAAAUUCCCCUUUUACCUCCCAAGACACCUGCCCUAGGCUGUCUGGCAGUUUGUGGCCGGACCAUCCAGCGCCGCCUGGCCUUCGACAUCCUGCGGCACAAUGCACGCUACUGCGUCUUCACUCUGGGUGUGAUGUGGAUGAUCCUGGGUUUUCCUCUGCCACACGUCUUCCUGGUGCCAUACGCUGUGCGGCAUGGUGUGGAUGAGCAGCGGGCGGCCCUACUCAUCUCCAUCAUUGGCUUUAGCAACAUCUUCCUGCGGCCCGUGGCUGGACUGGUGGCAAGCCAACCGGCAUUUGCCAGUCACCGCAAGUACCUGUUCAGCCUGGCAGUCCUGCUCAACGGGCUCACCAACCUGGUGUGCGCGGUGUCUGCUGACUUCUCCGUGCUGGUGGGCUACAGCCUGGCAUACAGCGUGUCCAUGAGUGGCAUUGGUGCCCUCAUGUUCCAGGUCCUCAUGGACAUUGUCCCCAUGGAGCGAUUCCCCAGCGCCCUGGGCCUCUUCACCAUCCUGGAGGGCAUCGCUCUCCUCAUCUCCCCACCAUUGGCUGGGUUGCUCCUGGACACCACCAACAACUUCAGCUACAUUUUCUUCAUGUCCAGCUUCUUCCUCAUCUCGGCUGCCCUCUUCAUGGGCGGCAGCUUCUAUUCCCUGCAGCAAAAGGAGCAGCACAGUAAGCAGACUGAGAAGGAAGGAGCCAGAGAGGAGGCUGCCCCAGAGUGGGGUCAGAUCUUGGAAGGCAAAGACAGUCCUGAGAAGCGACUGUGCCCUGAGAUCAUGUAUGUGACCAGCGUCUGAGCCUGCAGGUCUGUGAGUGACCACCAUCUCAGCCCAGGAGUGGGAUCUCCAGCUCUUCACCAGGGGCUGGUGAAGGCCGGCUCAGGAAGCCUGAGUCUAAGGCCGAAUAGGCUCUAUAAGUUGGGACUCAGCUAGGAGCUGGGGCCACGGAGUUGGAUCCCCUCCUACCAGCAGAACCCAGGAGCAGACAGACCCUCCUGACUUCCUUGGACACCAAGGCACUUGGAUCUGUCACACCAGCUCAGUUCAGCUGGCUGCUCACUGCUGCUCCUACAGCUCAAUGCACUGGACCUCCAAGCCCAGCCUAGAGGCCUUCAACAUCAUUUCUCUUUGCCCUUCUCUGGCUUCCAGAUGGUUCUGAAGAGCUCACCUUCCUCCAGGGCCCUUUUGCCCUGUCUUUCCAAGUGACCCAACCCUUCCUUUUUAAAGCAGCCAAGGGUGGUGGUGUGGUUGCCCCAUGCAGGUCAUGGGGCUCACACUAAGAGGCUGUGGUGGAGGGACAGGCCUGGAUGCAGCACUGGGGCAGGUUAAAGGUCAAAUGGAGUGCUCAUCCUGGCACCUGCACAGAGGGCAGGAGGGGAGCCUUUGGCUUGGGUCCUAGAUUGGUGAAGUCUGAGGUUCCCCUGCACUCUCAGGAGGGCCUGUUCUAGAGGCUGCCUCCCUCAUCUGCCCCACUCUGUAACCUUGGUGGGGAAUAUUAAUGCUGAGGUUGUAGGAAGCCAGACAUUUGACUGGUGGAGGUGGGGAGAAGGCUGGUUAGGCACCCUGGAUGAAGACUCCUGUGAAAAUGAGGCUGCCUUGGUGACAGAAGCCCUUCUGAUUCCCAUCCUGUCCUCCUCCAGCCCCUCUUAUCCCUGCCAUAUUAGAGCUGUCACCCCUGGGAUGAGUAAAUGGCUGGGUCAGGUGCCAGUCCAGCCUGCCCGCUGCUGGCUUAUGUCUGGGGCUUGGAGGUCAGAGUUCCCCCCACUUAGGUCAGCACCCGGGGACUAACUUGUCAUCAGCCCAGGCCUAUCCCAGCAGGGUACCAAGGGAAUGGGAAAACAGAGUUUGUUUGAAUUAAACACAAAAAUGUUCCCUGCAGCAGGUCAUAAACUCUGUGAACUAAUGAAACUGGAAAACAGGCCUGGAAUAAGUAUUCUCCUCCUCCUUCCCUUCUCCCUCUUGGCAGGGGCAGCUCAGGCUCAGGACAUUGUUUGUUGAUUCAGGCUCAACCAGGCUCCAGCAAGAAAACCUUAUCAGGAGAAUUGAUUUUAUUUUUGUGAACGGGUGCCAAUCUUCCUCCUCCACACCGUCCAGCUGGCAUGAAUAAGCAUCCUUCGGGUUAUCGUGUGUCCUCCAGAACCUUUCCAUGAGUCUCCCUCUUAUGGCCAAAGAAGGUACUGCAGAGCUGAAGCCAAGGGCUCUGGGCCAGAUUAAAGACGUAAAUUCCUGUUUGACUCUGCCACAAUUUGCUAUAUGACUUUGGGCAAAUUGUUGACCAUCUCUGAGCCUUGAAAAAGGAGGAUGUUGGCCUGGAUGAACUAAAGUCUCUUCCAAUUUGGAAAGUUGACUCUGUGAGUGUUCUGAGACUGUUAUGGCCUUCUAGCAGCUCCCUAGUCAGGCUUUGACUUGGCUACCAUAUGCAGCUCAUGGUCUGAAGGAAAAACAUUUCACCAAGUCCUGCCUGCUUCUCCAUCUCAAGUAGAAAAGGAGAGAGUAGGGGCUGGUAGGUAGGUGCUUCUGUUGCCAGUGUUCAUCAGACUGAUAUCUUUUAUGUUCCCUAAUAGGCCUAAUGUUCUGAAAAUGAGAUCAGUGAACAGGGAACUUUGACCUCAUCUUCCCCCUAGGCAAGAAUGACAAUAAUCCCUAUGCAGAAUCCCUUCAAUAAAUAUUUAUUGAGCAUC